AGCAUAUAUAGUACGAUUUCUUUUCACAUGUUCCGUCUCUUUCGAGAGUGGCAUUAUCUUUCUCGCACAUCGUCCCCUUCGUGGCGACAGUAUGCCUUUCCAAGACUCAUGAUGGAUAUUGAUAGAGCAACAUGGUAGACGCUGCUGUUUCCUAUGCAGAACCUGGCAUUGUCACCAUCCUCGCCCAAUCGUCAUUCUUUUUACUUUCCAAUGUGAUCAACUCGGUCCUCGAUCAUGUGCUCUACUGUGGCCUGGUCGGCCAGGUCCUCCUUGGUAUGGCAUGGGGGACACCUGGUGCGAAGCUGUUGUCAGAGUCUUUCGAGGAUAUAGCCACCCAGCUUGGUUAUCUCGGCCUGAUCGCCAUUGUAUUCGAGGGAGGUUUGUCUACUUCCAUCAGCUCCGUACAGAAGACACUAUGGCUCUCCAUUGGUGUCGCAAUCACUGGCAUCCUGCUGCCCAUUGCAUUCUCCUUUUCUCUGCUGAGGCUCGUCAAUUCGACCAAGCUCGAAGCCUUUGCUGCAGGAGCGGCUUUGUGUUCUACCAGUUUGGGAACGACUUUCAGCCUUUUGAAGUCCACUGGUCUGACUACAAGCAGGCUGGGUACAGUGUUGACGACCGCUGCUAUGCUUGAUGAUGUGGUUGGGCUAGUCAUGGUUCAGGUAAUAGCCAAUCUAGGCUCUGGUGACAGUGCGAUCCAUGCCUCGAAUAUCUUGCGACCGAUCUUGGUGUCUGCUGGCUUUGCAAUCGUCGUUCCGGUCUUCUGCAAAUUCGUGCUUAAGCCCAUCAUGGUACGUCCAGCGCUUGGCAAAGUGAGGACGUCCAAGUUGCUCGAGAGGGUGGUAAAUGCAUCUACGCUAUCUUUCCUCCUUUCAACUACCCUUCUGGUUGGUCUUGUAUCUGCGGCUAGCUAUGCCGGGACAUCGACCCUCUUUGCGGCGUACCUUGCUGGUGCUGCUAUCUCCUGGGUUGAUGAAAUGGCAGCCACUUUGCCGGCCCAAAAGCAGUUCAGCCAGCCACAUCCCAAUCUCAAAUCCAGCAGUCACGAACCUGCGCCUCUAGCAGGUUCCGACAGCAGCGCAGUCGACAGGUCUGCACUGCCACAUGGACCAGGCACCACGGUUGCGAACGAAUAUGAGGACCUAGCAGUUGAUCCGGUCGACUCUUCCCGACUGCCCACCCCACCACCAGAGAAGGUUACCGAUGCGGAAGAGCACGCAGCACCGACCACAUCGGUAGACGUCUCGAACUCUACGGAACCCGAGCGUAGCAGCAUAUGCAUGUACAGCCGAUAUUAUGCCCCAGCAGUUGAGCAUAUACUGAAACCUCUCUUCUUCGCUUCAAUUGGCUUUUCCAUCCCAAUAUCAAGGAUGUUUCGAGCGUCCAUCGUGUGGCGGGGGUUGAUUUACGCCAUUUUGAUGUGCGUUGGAAAAGUGUGCUGUGGAUUUUGGCUCGUUCGUUUCAGUCCGCAGAUGGGGACACCCUCCACCAAGAACAAGGACAAGACGAAAAGCACGAGACAAAAAUCAUGGCCUCGUCCAAAGUCCCUGUAUCCUGCGGCCAUCCUUGGAUGUGCAAUGGUUGCUCGUGGCGAGAUUGGCUUCUUGAUCUCGGCCGUUGCUGCAACUAAUGGUAUCUUCUCCACGGCAAACUCAAGGGACGACAAGGAGGAUUCGACUGAAGGUGCAAGUUCGACAUCAGAUAUCUAUCUAAUUGUGACCUGGGCAAUUCUCCUUUGCACGAUCAUAGGGCCCGUGAGCCUGGGCUUCCUUGCCAAAAGGGCCAAGCGACUUCAGAGCGAGAGAGCACAGACCCGAGAAGGCGCAGCGGAAGACCCCUUCGGGAUAUGGGGAGUUGGCUAGAGACACGACCGGUCACAAGUCGCGCAAGUUCGACGAUUGGUAAUGACUACAGUCUUUUGGAAAUCUAAGCAACCUCCAUGCCAAAGGUCAGUACAUUUAUUGUAUCCCAGAAACAAAAGCCAUCGCCGCC